CCGAUUCUUUGACCUGCACUCGCCACUUCAAAGUUCAGUGGCAAGUUACACCAUCAUCUCGAGCGGACCUACUAGGAAGCAUUCCAUUGAUUCAGGAUUUUUUUGUUAGUCGUCGACGGAUUUGAUUGAGCUGACGCGCGGGUCGUUCAAAGGAGAGAAACAUUAGGAAGUUGUACUGUGUGGCGACUAGACGAAGAUGGAGCUUCUGCUUAGAGUCCCAGUGGAGCUUUGGGAGCGAAUUUUUGGCUUUGUGUGCAUUUCAUUGUCGAGAGAUAGGCACUCUCUUGAAAUCAAGAUACGCCCCACCACCAAAUUCUCUUACGGAUACUCUGUGAUCACCAUAACACCCAUCAUUCUCACCCACGUCUGCUCUCGAUGGAGAAGAAUCGCCACUCGCUGCCCAAGGCUGUGGUCUUCCAUCGCGGUCCAUCUUCGGGAGGGGUACCUCAAGGGCGGGACGAAUCUGGUUGAGACGUUCUUGGAAAGGUCCAUGCCGCGUCUGUUGGAUCUCGACAUUGUUUUGGAGAAGAGCAUGUGGCAAUCGGAAUCUGCUACAGCCACUUGGGAAGUCCUCAAAUACCAUUUUUCACGAUCCGAACGACUAUUCCUCGAUGCUGAAAAGAAUAUCGACCCAGACCCUCUCAUUUCCUUCGAAGAACUGGAUAUACCAUUUAAUAAUCUAGUGUACUUCCGGAUCCAUCGGCGAUGGGGAUUUCCACCUGGUGGUGGUCGUGGCGAACUGGAAACGCACAAACCCCUCUGGCGGGCGCUAUGUCGAGCUCCAAGAUUGACGAGAGUGAAUAUAGAUUGGGUGUAUCCCCUCGCAUUAUUUCCGUGGCGGCAGCUCACUGUGGUGACCAUUCAAGACAUCUUUGGACGUGAUUUUGAAGAACUGCUCAAAGUUCUCGAGGUUUCCGAAAACCUCCAUACUUUAAAGCUAGGAAUUAUUCUUGCCGAUGGGCUUAACACUCGUCGUGUGAAAAUACCCUCUUUACGCACGUUUUCCAUCUUUCGGAACACCGACCUAGACAACUCUGUUACCAACGCGUUUUUCGCCUCAUUCGUCAUGCCUUCCCUUUCCUCUUUCGAGUUUUGGUGCUCGUGGCCUCCGGCAACGGAGCUGGAUUGGCCUGCAUCACUACUCGACAUGUUACAAGAAUCAUCUGCAACUUUACGUAUUAUAUCGCUCUUCAUCAACUCAGAGGAGGAACCUAUAGAAUGGCCAUCCCUCUCGCUGCUGUUAUCGACAACGCCUCACUUGACCGAGUUUCAUUUGACCGACGUGGGGGAGCAUGAAGGUACUGAUUUAGGGUCGAUAUUCUGGAACAAACUCGUCAUACCCUUCCUUUCCGACUUCAGAAAUACGUCGGAUAAAGUUAUCCUCCCGGAACUCACUCAUCUGAUUCUCACGGACCUCGAAGCGACCUCUGACAGAAUAGAAUUGAUCGCCAGUGUAGCAGCCUGCAGGAGGACUUGCCGCAUUGCUGGACUUGGUAGGGAUUUCUCUCCGUUGCAAGAGUUUGAUGUGGUGGAAAGGGAUGAAUCAGUGAGAACUGAGGAACUUUUUGAAUGAGGUACUCGGUGGAUCAGGUUACGAAGGCGGUGCUCGAUAAGGCGGACUGUGAAUAAAGGUAUGCUGCUGACCCGGACUCUCCUCUCAUUUACUAUGAAUCUAUUUUUUAGUUUACCGUGAUUGUCCUUCCAAACUUUCUUGCUAUCGAUUGAAAUACGUUCAGUCAACGAUUACAAUGUAAAAGACACAUUACCGA